CCAAGUGGUCCAGUAACACCAGGCUCACCAGGCCACCCAGGCGUACCAGGAGAACCAGGAACACCAAGUGGACCAGGAUCUAAUGGAGGACCAGGAACACCAAGUGGUCCAGGAACACCAGGAAGUCCAGGAAAUAAACCAUGCAAAGGCAAGCCAGGAGGUCCAGGAGGCCCAGGCGGCCCAGGAACACCAGGAUCAGGUGGUCAUCCAGGAACACCAGGAUCACCAGGAACACCAGGAGGACCAGGAGGGCCAGGAGGACCAGGAGGACCAGGUAGCAAACCAGGCAAGCCAGGUGGCAAACCAGGCAAGCCAGGUGGCAAACCAGGCAAGCCAGACAAGCCAGGUGGCAAACCAGGCUCACCAGGAGGCCCAGGAGGCCCAGGCGGCCCAGGAACACCAGGAUCAGGUGGUCAUCCAGGAACACCAGGCUCACCAGGAACACCAGGAGGACCAGGAGGGCCAGGAGGACCAGGAGGACCAGGUAGCAAACCAGGCAAGCCAGGUGGCAAACCAGGCAAGCCAGACAAGCCAGGUGGCAAACCAGGCUCACCAGGAGGCCCAGGAGGCCCAAGCGGCCCAGGAACACCAGGAUCAGGUGGUCAUCCAGGAACACCAGGCUCACCAGGAACACCAGGAGGACCAGGAGGGCCAGGAGGACCAGGAGGACCAGGUAGCAAACCAGGCAAGCCAGGUGGCAAACCAGGCAAGCCAGGUGGCAAACCAGGCAAGCCAGACAAGCCAGGUGGCAAACCAGGCUCACCAGAAGGCCCAGGAGGCCCAGGCGGCCCAGGAACACCAGGAUCAGGUGGUCAUCCAGGAACACCAGGCUCACCAGGAACACCAGGAGGACCAGGAGGGCCAGGAGGACCAGGAGGACCAGGUUGCAAACCAGGCAAGCCAGGUGGCAAACCAGGCAAGCCAGACAAGCCAGGUGGCAAACCAGGCUCACCAGGAGGCCCAGGAGGCCCAGGCGGCCCAGGAACACCAGGAUCAGGUGGUCAUCCAGGAACACCAGGUCAACCAGGAAAACCAGGAGGACCAGGAGGGUCAGGAACACCAGGAGGCCCAGGAUCUAACGGAGAGCCAGGAACACCAAGUGGUCCAGGAACACCAGGCUCACCAGGCCACCCAGGCGUACCAGGAGAACCAGGAACACCAAGUGGACCAGGAUCUAAUGGAGGACCAGGAACACCAAGUGGUCCAGGAACACCAGGAAGUCCAGGAAAUAAACCAUGCAAAGGCAAGCCAGGUUCGCCAGGAGGACCAGGAGUGCCAGGCAACCCAGGAACACCAGGAGGCCCAGGAUCUAAUGGAGAGCCAGGAACACCAAGUGGUCCAGUAACACCAGGCUCACCAGGCCACCCAGGCGUACCAGGAGAACCAGGAACACCAAGUGGUCCAGAAACUCCAGGCUCACCAGGCUUACCAGGUGGCCCAGU